AUGUGCAGGUAUUUGGGCAGCAGUUUCCAAUGGGAUGUCAAAACAGGACAAGUUUAUCCAACUGUACUAGACAAGUCCACUUGCUUGGGUACGUCUGGUGUACGUCAUUCAAGCAGUAAGGAAAACUAUGAGCGAAUGAAAGCACUAGUAACUGAACUCCAAGAGCAAGCAGAAAAAAUAAAAUUAGGGGGUGGAGAAAAAGCCCGUAAGCUUCACACAUCAAGAGGAAAGCUGUUACCCAGAGAGAGAAUUGACAGGCUUAUUGAUCCGGGGUCUCCAUUCUUGGAGUUCUCCCAGUUUGCAGGUUACCAGUUGUAUGGUAAGGAAGAGGUACCAGCAGGAGGCAUUAUCACAGGGAUUGGACGAAUAUCUGGGGUGGAAUGCUUGAUUGUUGCUAAUGAUGCAACUGUCAAAGGUGGUACCUAUUAUCCCAUCACUGUUAAGAAACAUUUACGUGCUCAAGAAAUUGCAAUGCAAAAUCACCUCCCGUGUCUAUAUUUGGUUGAUUCUGGAGGAGCCAAUUUACCUCGGCAAGCAGAAGUAUUUCCAGAUCGAGAUCAUUUCGGUCGUAUUUUUUAUAAUCAAGCAGUCAUGUCCUCACAAGGAAUUCCACAGAUAGCAGUAGUGAUGGGAUCCUGUACGGCAGGAGGAGCAUACGUACCUGCAAUGGCAGAUGAAAGUAUUAUUGUUGGCAAACAGGGAACAAUAUUCUUGGGAGGGCCACCGUUGGUGAAAGCAGCAACAGGUGAAGAGGUAUCAGCAGAGGAUCUUGGAGGGGCUGAUCUUCACUGCAGAAAAUCUGGUGUAACAGAUCAUUAUGCUUUGGAUGACAGUCAUGCACUUCAUCUAGCUAGGAAAGCUGUAAGAAGUUUAAAUCGACAAAAGAAAGUAGAUUUUGAUGUCAAAGAGGUCAUUGCUAGAAUUGUAGAUGGAAGUAAAUUUGAUGAAUUCAAAGCCUUGUAUGGGGAUACUUUAAUCACAGGAUUCGCGAGAAUAUUUGGUUAUCCAGUAGGAAUUAUUGGAAACAAUGGAGUUCUCUUCUCAGAGUCAGCAAAGAAGGGCACACACUUUAUCCAGUUGUGUUGUCAAAGAAAUAUUCCCCUUGUGUUUUUGCAAAAUAUUACAGGUUUCAUGGUUGGUAGGGAAUAUGAAGCUGGAGGCAUAGCAAAAGAUGGUGCCAAGAUGGUAACUGCUGUAGCAUGUGCCAAUGUACCUAAAAUAACAGUAAUUAUUGGUGGAUCCUAUGGUGCUGGCAACUAUGGGAUGUGUGGAAGAGCAUAUAGUCCAAGAUUUCUUUAUAUGUGGCCAAAUGCUCGCAUAUCUGUGAUGGGAGGGGAACAAGCUGCAACUGUUUUAGCUACAAUAGCUAAGGACCGAAAAACAAGGGAAGGAAAACAGUUAUCUGAAGCAGAUGAAGCAGCUUUGAAGGAGCCGAUCAUUAGGAGGUUUGAGGAAGAAGGAAACCCUUAUUAUUCCAGUGCAAGAUUAUGGGAUGAUGGAAUUAUUGAUCCAGCUGACACAAGACUGGUUUUGGGCCUCAGUCUCAGCGCAGCACUAAAUGCACCUACUAAGAAGACAGAAUUUGGGGUUUUCAGAAUGUAAUAUAAACGUGUACUACAUGUCAGAAUUACUUGUGUAUAUUUUUAGUUGGGGCUAGAGCGCAAACCAACAACAAUGUUGAGAUGUUUUACACUGAUUAAAAAAUAAAGAUUUAUACAAUACUA